AUGGCGUACUACCUCGGUGUAGAAGUCAAGCAACUCAAAGAUGGGAUCUUCAUCACACAAGAAGGAUAUGCCAAGGAGAUCCUGAAGAAGUUCAAGAUAGAGGACUGCAAAGCAAUCAAUACACCGGUGGAGUGCGGCAUCAAAUUAUCCAAGAAUGAUGGAGGAGAAAAAGUGGACCCGACGUUAUUUAAGAGCUUGGUUGAAAGUUUACGAUACUUAACUUGCACAAGGCCGGACAUUCUUAUGCGACAGGGCUCUGAUAGCGAUUGGGCUGGUGAUAAUGAUGACUGCAAGAGUACAAGCGGGUUCGUAUUUUUCAUGGGAGACAUCGCUUUCAUCUAG